AAUUUAUUUAAAAUGCGUCAAAACUGGGUACUUCGGAACUUCGUUGACUUUUCUUUAUUUUGCUCUUUUCUGGGUUUAAUAACGACAGACCGGCUGAGCUACAUUAGCUGUUUGUUACCCUAGUUGCUAACUGUGAUGAGCGGUUCACAGCGGAUGCUUUUCGAAACGGGCUCAAAAGUCGCCGGUUCUUUCCCGGUGGUUCUGAAGAAAAUACUGGAAAUGUCUACGCCGAAUGGACCGGACAACGACGGCGGAAGUGGAAAGACGAAGCUGCACCUGGGAGAUGUAGACUUGGACAGUGAAGGCAGUGAUGUGGGGACCUCAGCGGCCCUGACUCCUGCUAUCUGGGAAAAAAAUUUUCCAUUUGAUGGAAAGAAUAUCCACUUGGAGUACAUGGACCUGGAAGAGUUCUUUUUGGAGAACUGCAUCCCCGUCUCUGCUGAAGAGGAGAAGCCUAGUCCAGAAGGCAAACUGGAACCGAUUAAUUUUGACAAACAAAAGGUAGCAAAGGAAGCUGGGAAUACCACAGCGGGUCUGCUGUCAGAGUCGGAUGACUGUGAGGAGGAAGUGGUCAUCAUCAAGAAUGACUCUGACCUCAGCUGUGACAUCACUACAGAAGUGACCACCGAACCCGACAGAGCGACGCCCGAGUCUGUGGACCCCGACGAUAUCAUGGUGGACAUUAACUAUGAGCUGGAUCCCACCGACCUGGUCCUGUCAACUGUCCCUGGAGGUAAACUCUUUGAUCCACGCAAACACAAAUUCACCGAAGACGAGCUGAAGCCCCAGCCGAUGGUCAAAAAAGCCAGGAAGGUGUUUGUACCCGAGGAAAAGAAGGAUGAAAAAUACUGGCAGAGGAGGAGGAAGAACAACAUGGCAGCCAAACGUUCCCGCGAAGCUCGCAGACUGAAGGAGAACCAGAUCGCUGUGCGCGCAGCUUUUCUGGAGUGCGAGAACACGGCGCUGCGCAGCGAGGUGGCCAAGCUACAGCGGGAUUGCAACCGCUACAAGAAAACUGUGUGUUGCUACCAAUCCAAAUUUGGGCAGCUGUGAAUUUCAACCCACGUGUGAAACGCGGGAUCUGUCUGAAGUUCAAAGUAAAACGCAGUACGACUGUUACUGAGGAUGUGGACCCACUUUUAAAUACUGUAUGUAAUGUUUUUUAUUUUAUUGGUGGCAUUUGUGACCAAGAUCCCAGAAGCGAGAGCCGAUCAUGGUCACUGUCUUUGAGCAGGAUUUUUUUAAUUUUUUUUUUACGCUCUAUAAAUGUUGAUCUUAAUUAUGUUGUUGACCUUUCAUAUUUUUGUUCAGUGUUAUAAGGUGUUACUAAGGGGCUGGAGCCUAUCCCAGCAGUCAUGGGGCAUGAGGCAGGGAACACCCUUGACAGGACGCCAGGCUGUUGCAGGGCCACACACAUAUAGACAAACACGUUCACACCACAUUAAAACAUUUAGAGGAUAAAUAUUUUUGCAUUUAUUCCAGCACUUUCAAAACAUUUCAACUCCCUGAUUGAUUUGAUGUUUUGUAACAAAAUAUAAAGAUUUCUGACACUUUGUCAUAGCCCUGAUGACCAACUUGAUAUCAUAUUUUUUGACAGAAGACUGCUUCUCGUGAUUUCAUUUUAAAAGUUUGUCUUUAAUCAUAUUAUUUGCCAAUAUCACCAAGUAAUCUUGAAUUAUAAUUUUGAAACAUUUAACUUGGUGUUUGUUACGUUUGACUUUAUAUCUGUGAUUAUUUUUUGCUGCUGUUUUAAAUAAUGUGUGUGUAUAUAGUGCAUACGGAAAGUAUUCACAGCAUUUCGCUUUGUCUACAUUUAUUUACAGCCUUAUUCCAAAAUUAAUGUAGUAAGUCCCUU